CUCUCUGUAGGCGGCAGCAGAGCGCCCUCCAUAAAUACACUCUGCCGAAAAUUGUAACGGCGAAGAAGACGCUGGAAACGGAAGUUCAUUUUUCCGGUGUCCUUGUGUGAGACAGAGGCGACAGCAGACGGGCUAAAAAUGUACAGGCAUAUGUUUGCGCUCCAGCAGGUGGCGCGGCGGACCAUCUCCAGCUCUGCCCGCAGGCAGAUUGCAAACAAGAUCCCCGAGAAGCAGAUGAGGUUCCAGGAUGAUAAUGGACUCCCAGUUCAUUUAAAAGGCGGUACCAGUGAUAUUCUGCUUUACAGCGCUACAAUGGGUCUCACUGUUGUGGGAGUUGGAUACGGCAUGUACCUGAUGGUGAAGGCCUCGUUCCCCCAAAACAAAGCCUAACUCCGCCAUUGAGCUGUUUACCCUAGGGCGGUGACCUCCCGGCCGCUCCACAUUCAAAUUCAUGCUGGGAAAUUUGAUUCCUGUCAUGUAUGAAUAUUGUUUCUUGUUCGUGGGAUCAAUAUUUAUUUCUUGUACUGUCGCAAACUUAAGGAUCAGUACAAUAAAAUGCUUCUCAUGACCAA